AUGAUUGAAGUGGUCGUGAAUGACCGAUUGGGAAAAAAAGUCAGGGUGAAGUGCCUUGGUGAAGAUAGCGUAGGCGAUUUCAAGAAAGUAUUGUCCUUACAAAUUGGCACUCAACCAAAUAAAAUUGUGUUACAGAAGGGUGGAAGUGUUUUGAAGGACCACAUCUCUUUGGAAGAUUAUGAGGUGCAUGAUCAGACAAAUUUGGAGUUGUAUUACCUGUAG